UACGGGAACUCCCGUGCUUUGUUGACAGUUAAGAAUCAGGCGAGAAGGCAAAGGACACUGUGAAUGUGUUUAUACUACGUCAUCACAGCACUAGUAAACAUUGUCGCAAAUCAUAUUUUGAGGUAUGACUUUUACUGUUGAUCCACAGAUCAAGCCCAAAUAAAUCAGAUCAGAUCAUCUAAAUCAGGAUGGCAACCGUGGAGGUCAGACAGCGAGUUGUCCGGAGCGCCACUUGGACAUGGCGAAAUCAAGAUGGUGGUGAGGGUCAUCUCGGGACAGUGGUCAAGCUAAAAGAUCAAGACCCUCAGGAACCCAUUCCUGCAGACUGGGCCAAGAUCAGAUGGGAUAAUGGUAAUGGUAACAAUUAUCAGGUCGGGUCCAAUGGGUCAUAUGAUCUUGCGCUCUUCGACAAUGCCCCCGCAGGUGUGAUUCAUGUUGGUAUAUUUUGUGAUAGCUGUUUGAUGAAUCCUAUAGCUGGCAUACGCUGGAAAUGCAAUGAUCAAAGCUGCCCUGAUUAUGACCUUUGUACUCCGUGCUACAUGAAUGAUAGACAUGACUUGACUCAUAGAUUCACUCCCUUCACCAAACGGAAAGAAACAGGGACACCAGUGACACCUCGAUUUGGAGAAGCGAAGACAGUUUCCAGAGGGCUGUGUCCAGAGGCAGAGGUCUGUAGAGGGAAGGAUUGGCAGGGAGAUGAUGAAGAUGGCGACGGCGGGACUGUUGUUGAGAUAUGUCCCUUCUCUGAAAGACCACGGUCAGGCGUCAAUGUUUGCUGGACUCAGUCUAAACUGGUCACUACUCAUAGAGUUGGAUUUGAUGGGAAAAUGGAUCUAAAAUGCACCACACCAGGAACAGGGAUAGGUUACUACGCUACACAUCUCCCUGUUUUAGGUAAAGAGGUUGGUUUGAAGGUUGGAGAUCUGGUAGCUAUUACUCUGGACAGUGAAACAUUGCAUAUCAUGCAACAGAUGGGUGGGCGAGAGUGGUUACCAGAAAUGAGAAAUCUGUAUGGGAAGGUUGCCAAGGUUACUGGUAUCAAUUCAAGCGGGGAUGCAGAGGUCACUUACCCCGGGAGAAAGGAACAGCCUUUCACCUUCCAUCCAGAUGGACUGAACAAGGUUCCUAGGCUAGGUAAGGGAGACCGUGUGCAGAUCGAUAAAGACUUAAAGUUUGUGAUGAAUCUUCAAAAAAACAGUCAAAAUGGAUGGAUCGAUGGAAUGGAAAAGUGUCUAGGAAUGGAAGGGACGGUGAUGAACGUUGACUCACGUUACAACUGCCGGUUGCGAUUGAUUGGUUUGGAGAAAAUGUGGUCAUGGCAUCCCUGCUCCUUGAUCCUCAUCAAGAAGAACUCAUCAGAUGAUGACAAGCAGGGUGCUGAAUCUACAGACCUCAAGCUAGAUGGAAGUGGACAAACUGAAAUGCUCAAGGCCUUGCUAUCACUACUCAAGACAGAAGCUGGCAGCUCAUCCGAUAGUGAUUCAGACGAAGGAGGUGAAGAAUCUCAACUGAUCAAGGCCGCUGAGAGAGGCAAUGUUGAACGUGUCGUGGAGAUUCUAUCCACAUCGCCGGAAAAGGCAAAUGCAAAAAUUGGUGGGAAGACUGCCCUACACAAAGCAGCUGCCCAGGGUCAUCUUGAAGUAGUCCAGGCACUUCUUGAGUCAGGGGCUGAGAUAGAUAUCACUGAUGAUGACGAAAACACUCCGCUUCAUUACUCUGUCGAAGGGGAUGAACCAGCUAUCACAAAGUAUUUGAUUGGUAAAGGAGCAGAUAUAAACAGAGGUAAUGAUAAAGGAAGGAGACCGAUCCAUCGAGCAGCUUACAAAGGGUUUGUUGACUGUACAAGGGUCUUAAUUAACCAUGGAUGUGACAUUAAUGUACAGGAUUCAGAGAAAGAUACUCCCCUCCAUGAGGCUAUAAUAAAUAGCAGGGUAGAUGUCAUUGAACUAUUGGUGAAAGUUCCAGACCUUGAUGUGACUCUGGUCAACAAGAGAGGGUUUCCAGCUCUACAGUUUGCAGCUGUCCAGGACAAACUAGAACCUGCUGAGUUAAUUGCAAAAAGUUUUCCUCAAUCUAUUGCUUAUGUAAAGCAUGACGGUUUCACCAUACUGCAUAUCUGUGCAGUCAAUGGCCAUGUAGAAGUCAUGAAGGUUGUUAUGGCUAUAAAGGAUCAUGGGUUGGAUGUGAACGCUAAGAACGUGAAAGCAGAUACAGCACUUCACCUGGCGGCUUAUAAGGGAUAUUCCCACAGCAUAGAGUUUCUGGUGUCACAGGGUGCUGAUAUCAAUCUUCAUGGUGAACAUGAUCACACUGCCCUGCACCUCCUUGCCCACAAAGCAGUGAAAGAUCCAAGUGAUAUCAAAGACACUCCUACACUGAGGAAGAUUCGCAAGCGUUUUAGAGAUUGUGGAGUUGAUAACAGUGCUGAUGCUGCACUCUGCUUCAUGGUUCUUAAAGGAGCGUCCAUAGACAUAGAUAAUGUCAGAUGUCGAACACCGCUAUAUUACAUCAGGAAUGCUGAGCUGAAGAAAACUUUGAAGAAGAUUGCUCGUGAAAAGAUAUCUGAUGAUAUGUCAUCAUGGGAGGACCUCGGGGAAGAUGAGGAUGUGAAGAAGGGACGCCUGAGCAGUAACUCCAUCAGUGUUGAUGACGAUGAUAUUAUCGUUAAGCGAAACGAUGGUCUGAGCAUCACUGAUAAAGGCUCUCCAAAUCGGAUAAGACAGGACUCAGCUGAGAGUGAGAGUGGAGCUGAUGGCCGUCCAGUAGGAAACCAAAAGAAAUCUGGCAAACCAAAAAUUGAAGUCUUCGAUCUUGUGCACAAAAUUGAAGUCUCUGACCUAGACAUGGGUCCUGUGGUUGGGAAGGGGCAGUUUGGAGUGGUCCAUCGAGCCUCCUGGAGGGGGACUCCAGUGGCAGUCAAAAAGAUCUCCAUGAUGGGUAGCAGAAAAGAUGAAAUCGAGAAGGAAGUCGCUAUACACAGACGGGCAUGUCAUCCUAACAUCGUUCAGAUGAUGGCUCUAGGAUACCAGGGACGAGAGGCCUUCCUGGUAAUGCAGUUCAUUGAAGGACCAAGUUUACACACCGUCAUUUUCCCUGAUAGGGAUGACGUUAAGAUUCCUCUAGACUGGGCCAAAAAGCUUCAGAUAUCUUGUGAGGUUCUCCAGGCUGUAACCUUCAUGCAUGCCUGCAACAUCUUACAUCUUGAUAUUAAGCCUGCCAAUAUUCUAGUGGAAUCUGCAACAAUUCGUCCCUACAUCUGUGACUUGGGCCUGGCCCACAUCAAGAACCGCAACCUCAUGUCCCAAUCCGCAGUCAACAUCAGAGGCACACCGUGCUUCAUGCCCCCAGAGGCACUUGGCGCAACGGAACCCGGUUACAGGCACUCCAACAAACAUGACAUCUGGUCGGUUGCAGGAACAUUAGUGGAGCUAUACUCCAAUAAGCGGUUGUGGGGAGACUCGGUGCAUCCUCUUGCCCUGAUGGCUCGUAUUUUAACAGGCCAGAUGAGUAAACCUGAGUCUUUGACAGCUGUAGAUUCUAAGGUUCAGAAGAUCCUUGAACCAUGCUUCAGACAGAAGCCAGAGAAGAGACCAGCCGCUUCUGAUCUCCUCGAUCAGUUCAAUGACCUCACUUAACGGUAGUGUACAGAGUUUAUAAAAAGGGAAAAAAAAAGUAAUAAUUGUCUUUGCUUUGUUAAGAACAAUAAUAAAUAUAUUAAUAUUAGAUAAUGUUAUAGCGCACAUAUCUACCAAACAUGGUGCACAAGGCGUUCCAAUAUUAUUCUUGCUGCACAGAGUACAGAAUAAUGAUCCCGGCACUCACAGCAUUGAAUAAAUUUAAUAUUACCGGUCCCCAUUUGUGCCUGGGUGGAGAGUAGAAAAUGUAUAUUAAUGUCUUGCAAAAGGACACCAGUGUUUCACACAUGUCCUUGGCACCUCCAGACAAAUGUUGACUGGAAAAUCAUAGAUACAACUGUACAGGAAAACACAGAUCUUCAACAAAACAUCAUCUUUCAAUGCCUGUUGGAAAAAUGAAGUGUGAAAAAAGAUUCUUGUAAUAUUCAAUGGCUCUCAAUUUUUUGGUAACAGCUGGUGGGAUAAUGUAUAUCUCAAUGGUACAUGUACAAUUGUUUUGAAAUGUAUUGUAUUCUGAAGCAUCCCAAAGUGAUUUAGAACUUCCAAAGGAA